AUGGUUCCCCAGGGCAAAGAUUCCUUCCGUCGUGGCAAGGGGUCUUCUGGAAUCGUGGCUUCAGACCUGUUGGGUGAAUGGCUGGAUGGGCAGGACAACGAUGUUGUCGUGCAGUCUGGUCCCGAGCGUUCCCGGCCACUGACUGCCCGUUUGGCUCGUCGAGGGGGCCGUGAACAGGUGCUGUCUCUGCGGCGAGAGCCUGAAUCCGAUUGCUGGGCGUGUGGAAAUGCUGUUUUGGAUAAAGCCGCCUCCACGACGAAUGUCCUAGUCUGGGCUGCAUACGACGGCCGCCGGAGCGUCUGGCGCAGGAAAGAGGUGUCGGAGCAAGCCGAGCCUAGCGAUCUGCUCCCGUGGUUGCUGAAAGCUCCGGCUUUGUUAGGUGCCUCCAAAGGAGAUGAGGAACAACAGCCGCAGGCCAAAGCUGCCAACGGCCGAGUUGCAGAAGGUUUUGCGCCGCCUCCACGUCGGCAGAGGAAUUGGAGCUCGAUCUCCAUGGACAGCGAUGUAGCCGGAGUUUUCGUCGGACAAGCGGACGGGGAGGAUCCAAAGGAUGGGGAAGAAGGAUCUCCAACAAUGAGUGACCACGAAACGCCACAGGAUCGGCCGCCAGCAGAGGAAGCAGCGCGACUUCCAGCAGUUUUCGACACUGACAAUGCCUCAGCCGAUGCGGCCAGAGUCUCUGCAAUCCUGGACGCGCGGCAGGUGCUUGGAUCGGCCAGCAACUUCCAGGAGAUUUUUAGCCAUCUCCUGAUCGACCACGACUUGCUGUGCCAAGAGGGAGAGGACCCCAUGGUCCCCUCACUUGAUUCGGCCCUCUGGCAGAGGCUGCCGGAUGCACCUCGCCGCAACGUCCUGCACCGACUUGCAGCGUUCCAGAACAGCAGUUUCGUUCCCGGCAGCUACGUGGCGGAGUUUCCUGCCGGGAACUGGAGCGAGCUCUUCGUGGGCCGCCACCGCUUCCCGGUGCUGCAGACGGACAUCCAGGCGUUGCUGCGACGCUACACUCUGUCGGCGGACAAUGUCGCUUCUCGUGCCUCUGCCAUGGCACGUGUCUUCGCGCUCUACCGAGCACUGGAGAACCCAGUGUUGACUGCCGGCCAAAGAAGUUCACACCAGCUUUGUACCUGGCGGGCGUCCUCGAAAGAAGCAGCCGACGUGGAGUACGAGCUCUUCGCGUCGCCCUUCAAUGCUCGAGUCAGCAACGGCAAGUAUGCUUCCCGCUUCCCUCAUGCCGAGAAGAUCUUUGGCUCGGCGGGCUCGUAUCCGGAUGUACUUGACGAGUGGCCAUCCACAGCCGUGCUGUCGGUCAAUCCGCCAUUUUCGGAUGCGUACUUGGACGAUGUUGUGGGCAAGCAGCUGGACCGAAUUGUCGCGGGCUUCAAGAAGGUUCAUCUUUUCGUACCUGUUCGUGAUGCGCCUUGGCGAAAGCAACUGCGGCGUCUUUCCAAUGCGCGGUUUGUACAGGACUUCUUCGAUGCAACGGCAUUGAAGGACCGGCAUUUGGAGCAGCCGGUGCUUCACUGGGAGGGAAGUGAGCUCGCACCAGCUGAAGCUUAG